AUGGCAGCCAUGGCCGUCGACACUAGACAACAACAGGCACCAUUCCACAGCAUGGGCUAUGACAGCGCAAUGCGAUACCAACCGCCUGCCUUUACGAACCCUUGGGUGUCCGCGCCUGCUUCUACACACGGCCAGAUGUACGCCACAUCGUUGCCAGCAUCGGCAAUGCCAUCAGACGUAAAGCAUUACGCCUCGCCGACACCCAAUGUUUCAAACGCCUACACCAGCAGUGGUCUUACUGCGCCGUCUCUGGCAACAGGUAUGCUUCCCUUGGACCCGGACCUCAUGGACCACUCGGGCUUACAGUUUGCACAAGACAUGAGCGCUCCAAGACCAUACGGUGCACCUUACGCUACAUCAGCUGCGCCACCAACCAGUACUUACGCACCUACGUCAGCACCUCAGUACACUCCAUCGUAUGGCUAUCAACUUGACCGACGAACAUCGCAUCCGUCAGUAGCCUCCAAUAUGCUCCUGGACAACUUUGAUGUUCAGCGACAACGCCAGAGCUCGCAUAUUGACUAUACCGACAGGAUGCAUCACGUUACUGAGGCAGACCGUCAAGGUUUCAGCGAUGCUGUAGAGGCCAGUCGCGGUAUGGUGGCAAUGAGCCAGUCCGACAUAACCCCACGAAACAUUUAUGGUCCCAUAAAUGGCUCGACAUCUAGCCGCACCAGCUCCAUCGACUCAUACGGCUUUCCAUCAUCGCACUCGGCACAUUCCUCGAUCUCGACACCCGGAAGCUACUAUGGCUAUGCCAGCUCGGUCAGCGAUGCUGCAUCGGUCGCCGAUUAUAGUUCAGCUAGCGAGUCCAUCGACAUGCCCAGCUCGCGGACAUUACCACGACCAAACGGCCUGCUUGGCGGUACACUUCCACCUGCACCGCAGUCGAUGAUGGGCCAGUUCAGCUCCAAGGUCUCUUCGAGCUCGCAGAAGAAGCACAAGUGCAAGAUUUGCGACAAGAGGUUUACACGACCAAGCUCGCUCCAGACACACAUGUACAGCCACACGGGUGAGAAGCCAUUCGCCUGCGACGUUGAUGGCUGUGGCCGUCACUUCUCGGUUGUCUCGAACCUGCGACGACACCGAAAGGUCCACCGUGGAGAAGGUUCAGACCAUCCUUCUCCAGACGAUGAUGAGUAA